AUGCCAUCUUCGAACCCGCGUGCACAGGCCAUGAACAUCCCAAACCUCUUGAUCCCUCGACAAUACUUAAUUCUCAUGAACCGUUUUAUGCCUCUACGUUCCCCCAGAUGGGGUCGUGGUGGUGCUUUUCUCAGUCGCCAUGGCAUGAUCAGCGGCUCUUAUGGCAGCUCCUCUGUCAUCGGGGUUGGUGGACGCCCAUGGUUGCAAAAGGUUGCUGCCUUGACGGUUGUCAUUUCACUCAGCAUCGCAACUGCAGAUUCGUUCGCUGUGGCCAAGGAACAGUACGAACUAGGCUAUAUGGAUUCAAUGGCGUUGACAAACGAAGUUGUGAAUGGUGUGGAAAUUCGUGUUAUCCGCGUCAUUUCGAGCACUUUUCUCUGGCUGGCCCAGGUCCAGACGUUGAUCCGACUGUUCCCGCGACAUAAGGAGAAAGUCAUAAUCAAGUGGGUUGGUUUCGCAAUGAUUGUGCUUGAUACGAUUUUCAGCAUCCUCAACAAUACUGUCGGCCAAUCGACGGGCGUGACCGUUCGACCAAGGCAUAUCGUCGAUGCCAUACCCGCUUUGAAUUAUCUCUUUGAAUUAUCGCUUAGUUUGCUCUAUGCCGCUUGGGUCAUCUUUUAUUCGAUUUCUAAACACCGAUUCGCCUUCUUUCACGUCAAUAUGCGGAAUAUUUGUUUGGUGGCGUUAUUGUCUUUAGUCGCAGUGUUGAUACCCGUUGUCUUUUUUAUUUUGGACGUCUCGAAACCGAAUGUUGCUGGUUGGGGUGAAUAUAUUAGGUGGGUUGGAGCCGCAGCGGCCAGUGUGGUAGUAUGGGAGUGGGUGGAACGGAUUGAAGCCCUGGAGAGAGAAGAGAGAAAGGACGGGAUUUUGGGGAGAGAGAUAUUUGAUGGGGAUGAAAUGCUCGAGGUCACCCCCUCUGAAGAAGUUGAUACAUCGCAAGAUGCCUCCGACGGGAACAGUGAUGGGAAAGCAGGUGGCGGCGGUCGUUGGGCUAGCAUAAUCGGUAGACCUUUGAGGAAUCGGGCUAGAUUCCGGACUGGACCUCGGCGAAAAGGUCGCCAGCACAGAGCAAGACCGCAGCACGCUGCAGAUUCAUCUCAGGACGAUCAUCCAACUGCCCCUCCUCAAGCAGCAACAACCCUGAGUCGUGCAGACACGGCUAGUACUGUUUACCGUGUACGACAUCAUUCAGUCGGGAGUCUAUCGCCGUCGACAUCUGAUGUGGCACUGAAUGGGGACGCCGAGAAAGGAUUUGAACCGCCUCAGACCAGGGAGAUGGAUCAUAGAAGUACCUAUUCUGUCCCCGUCCCUGCCCCUCAUCUGAGACAAGGAAUCAGCUGGCUUCAUAUGCUCAACCCUUUUGGGCGUCGUCGAGGCUCUCCUCCACAAGAAGUUGCGAGUGCUCAAGCGGAAGAAGGCAAUAUGCGCCAUCCUACACUGCCCGAGCACAGGGACAAAACACAGGCUCGUUCCACCCUAAAAACACAUCUUAGCACGUUUCGAUCCUUUUUACACCACGACCGGGAAAGCGAAACUAGCGAACCUCAGCGAAGAGAGUCAGUUUUACCCAUCACGGUCAUUCCAGCCCGAUCGCGACGGGAGUGUGCCGUUCCUCAUAGCACAACGCACCACUCAGGAGCACAAGAAUCAAGGAACAAUGACCACGAUCGUGGAGACUCCGAUACACCCCUCCCCGUAGUUGUGAUACCCGCGAGGCCGAGAGUAGCCAAAGCAUGGGAUUCGUCUGCAUUUGAAGAGUACGUUCGAAGUCGACCGAGUACUCGCUCUCCUGGACAAGAUUAUUCUCAAAAUGACCAGAGAUCAAUACACCCGACCCCCUUACCAUCUCAGACCGAGCAUAAUCAAGAAAGUACCGGGAGUGGACGUGAUAUCGCCGUGCCAGAAUUCGAGUCCGCCUUGAGUGAAGAGGAAGAAAUUGUUGAAAAUACGUCAGGGGCACAGAGGUCCCGCUCGUCAUCGGACAGGACGCUCAUUAAUUCCGUACCACCGUCGUCGGGCCUCGACAAUGGGCGGGGACAAUCCCCAGCGGCGCAGCAAAAUCCUCCCGUUCAUCCUUCGCGUUUCUGGGAUGAUUCUGGGGGAACCAAUGGCGUGACCUGA